UGUCAUCUCAUAUUUCAGGCGAGAUUUUGUUUAGGUAUCAAAUUUUUCGGCUUGCUAUCAUUUUUGUUAUAUGAUCUAUUUGUUAAAUGCUGGACAAUUUCUGUGUUAAUAACAAUUAUUUUUGGGGCAACAGUUUUUAGCUAGAGUUUGAAGAAUGGAUAAAACAAAUAUUGAAGCCAAAUAUCAAAAACUGGCCACCGAGUAUUCCAAGGUGCGAUCUCAAGCGACAGUACUAAAAAAGGCUGUAUUAGAUGAACAGGCCAAAAACAUUCAAUUCAAUGAAAUUAACAAAAAACUUGAACAACAAAUACGAAAGCAUGAUCAAGAGAUGGAAAGUCUUACUUUUCGUAAUGAGCAACUAACUAAACGAAUUGGAGUGUUGCAACAAGAAUUGCAUGAAACUAAUCAUGGGAAAAAAAAUAAAUCAAAAACCAAUUACAGCACUACAGUUGACAGUGAUAUUGCUGUUUUAAAUGAAGAACUACAUAAACGAAUUAUUGAAAAUGCUCAACUAAAUAGUAGUAUAUCUGAUAAAGAAUGUGAACUUUCCGAAUAUGCAGAGAAAAUAGAUUGGUUAGAAAGCAAAUUAAGGAAUGCUCAAAUUGCACUGGAAUCAUUGGAGAACACCAAUAGAGAGGAAGUGGAUAAGUUAAGAAAUGAUAAAAUUAUUCUACAAAAAAAAAUCAACAACAUUAUGUCUGAAAAAUCCCUUGUAAAUUGUGAGUUUGAUAACAGAGAUACAAACAAUAAGGUGCAUAACAAUAUUAAUUUAUUACAUGAAGAAAUCAAUCGUUGGAAAACCGAAUGUGAUGUGUUGAGAUCAAGACCUAGCUCAAAUAAACAAUUAACCGAUUAUUAUGAAACACAGUUGGCAGAAUUAGUAGAAACAAAAAGUUUGGCCAUUUCGGAAACGCAUUCAAUUCUAGCGGAAAAUGUUGCCUUAAGUUCAAGAGUAGAAUCUUUGAUAUUGGAUUUAAGUAGCUUAGAGAGUUUGUUGGGCAAAAAUAUUGAAGAACUAACAAAUUCGAAUGAUAAUUAUAAGGCCCAGUUAGAUGCUUUAACAGAGCAUUUGGCAGUUCAGAAUGAAAAAAUCACAAAACAAUGUGAUGAGAUAGAAAUCUUAAAAUACAAAUUACAACAGAUAUUUUUUGACUAGU